AUGGACUACGGAAUAUAUGCCUUGUCGCCAUACUGGAAUUAUAACGGAUUUCCAUACUGCCACGAGCCACCCGUACAACACGCACCCGUUUCGCCUCUGGAAAUCAGGAAACUCUAUGCAGAGCAGGAUCUCCUGGAAAAUAACCUUGCAGAUUGUAUAACCUACGUACAAGUACUGCGCAAAAAGCAAGCUCGUAAUCAACGCCGUCUCACCAUCAUUCCUUUCGCCACGCGUAAGAAGCGAAACCAAAUACAACAGACGAAUCGGGACUUGAACAGGGAGAUUCUCGUUCGAGAGCAAGAGCAGUGUACGUUGCUCAGCAACCUCCAGGCUUGCAAAGCUAAGUUAUAUAUCGCGGAAACUCUUUCGCCUCCGUCCACUGGUCUCCUGUCAUCAGUGCCUGCCUUUACGUCAGGUUCUACACGAUGCACUCUACCAGAAGAGUCAGGGCCGGAGUCGACUGAGAUCAGCUGGAAUGGUUGGACCGAUGACGCAGUCAUGUCCCCCUUUGCAAAGCACAGCAAUCAUCCGUUCUCUGUUGCGGAGAUUGCCCCAGAAGAAUGCUCAAAUAAGAACAUGCUAGAACUGGUCUCUAAUGGCAUCGGCCCGCUGGCUCCACUCACCACUACUUUUGAAGGCUUGAGUAUUACAGUACCUGCGGCAUCUACCAAAACGGACUCGCCGCAGACUAUACAUUCGUUCUUGAGCCCGAAAGCUGAGGUCUUUGAGCCACGCACGAUCUCUUCUAUUUCAAGACACGAACAUGUCGAGAAGCGAGCUGAUCAAGCCAGCAUCUGCAAAGUACUCGCACUCGGUCACCUCGAGGAUGCACCAAUUUGGCAGGCCACAGACAGCGAGACUGGUUCAGAGUACGAGCGCAAGAGAGACAUUUACUCGGAAGAAAACGAACAAAGUCAAUGUAACUGGGUCAUUGGGUGGGGGAGCCUUCCCGAGCGUCGUUGCUGCGAUGAGUGGGUCCGGCAGAUGUCGACGUUGCAAAUCCUCGAUCCAUUGGCCGAGUUUGACGCUACCAUGUCGCUCUACUUCAACACUUGA